UACAACAACAACAACAACAACCGCAACAACAACAACAACAACAACAACAAGAAGUUUGUGAUUAUGGAGUUAUCUUACAAAGAUAUCGAAAUUGCAACGAAAGGCUUCGCUAUUGAGAGCUUGAUAGGAAAAGGAAGCCAUGGAUGUGUCUACAAAGGUGUUCUUAAAGGCGGAAAGACGGUCGCCGUGAAGAAGCCGUCGAAGGGACUGCAACUUCUCCAAGACAAUUCAAAACUUGAUAACGAGAUCGAGAUCCUAUCAUCAAUACAAAGUCCCCACAUUGUCAAUCUUCUAGGAGUGGUGCAUGAAGAUUCAGUCUCCAAGCUCCUCAUCAUGGAAUUCAUGCCAAAUGGGUCCCUUGAAGACUUCCUCCACAAUGCUUCAGGCCCACCCACAUGGAUCAGGCGUUCGAUCAUGGCCCUCCAUAUCGCCCGGGCGAUUCAAUACCUUCAUGAGACCACACCACUAGUAAUUCAUAGAGAUAUAAAGUCUGCCAACAUUUUGUUGGAUUCAAAGUGGAAUGUUAAGCUAGCAGAUUUCAGUCUUGCAGUUAAAGGACAUUCACAUAUAUGCAAUGGAUUGAUAGACACGACAAGCGCGAAUGGUUCUGACCAGCCGAUCAUAUCGCGGGCCAUACCUGCCGGCACGAUGGGCUAUUUGGACCCAUGUUACACUACACCUGGGAGGUUGAGCACUAAGAAUGAUGUUUUUAGCUUUGGAGUUGUUUUGUUAGAGAUAAUUAUUUGUAGGCGGGCCAUGGACGUUGGAUUCGAGCCCGCUUCGUUAGUCGAUUGGGCAUUGCCAUUGAUCAAAGCUGAUCGAAUUAUGGAGGUUUGCGAUUAUCGGGUCGCAUUGCCUAAUAGCAUGAAGGGCGUGAUUCGAUGCAUGCUUAAUGUUGCGGCCCGGUGCGUGUCGUCUAGCAAAGAAGGACGGCCAUCGAUGGGUGAGAUCGUAAUGGAGCUGGAGAGUGUGGUGGGCCACACCCAAUUCUCAGUCUGGAGACUUGUGAGGAGUAGUUUCUUGAGAAGAAGAUGCCCAUACUUCAGCCCUAAGAGAAAACAAACAAGAACUAUAAUAUGCAAAAUUGAUGAAGCUGAUGAUGCUUCACAAGAUGUAUGAAGUAUGGCCAAUCUAUGAUAGUUUCGAAGAUCUGGACGGUGGAUAUCCGGUGGAAGCUGCAAGUGGGCCCUAUCCAACGACAUAUAUAUGCAGUUGGUUAUGUAUGGCUCUUUGUUGAAGGAGUCAAAAGCAGGGAGAAGCUGCACGCGUUACAAAUAGAAAAAGGCAAAAAGCAGAUGUCUUUGUGGGGAGUGGGGCCAUCUAUCAUUUUCAUUGAAGUCGCUCAACAGGCUUUGUUGUCUCGGUGAAAAACAUAGAUGCUCUGGCGGGGUAUGACAGUUCAUACUCAUGCACAAAUCAUUUAUACACAUUUAUUACAUUCAUCAGAGGUUAAGUUAAGAUCACUUAAUCAAGCUGAUUUUGUGGAUA